AUGGAAUGGUUAUCAAGUUUCAGCCGCUGGUGUAAACAGAUUCUACUGGCUACCCAUCUAUACCAUCUGAUCAUGAUAUUUGGAUCAGUGCAAGCUUAUGAAGAUUGGUUAGCAGUGUCCGGUGGAGCAUCUACAGGAACUGUUGAUGUAGAAAAAACUGAUGCCAUAUUUGACUCGACAUCAGUUUUGAAGGUGUGUGACAAUCUACGUGAUAAAGUAUUGCAAAACCUUGGUGUGAGAUUGGAGGACAAAGAAGGUCAACCUCCAGAAAUUAAACUUGUUGAUAGAGAAACACUACUUAUAGAAAAAGAAGAGAAAAUGAAGCAAGAAGAACCAAAAAUAAAGGAAAAAGAACUGAAAAAGCAAAAGGCCGAGAAAGAAAAGGCAGAAAAGGAAACUCAAAAGAAAAUACCUUCAUCAAAACUCUUCAAAAUGGAGACAGACAAGUACUCAAAAUUUGAUGAAAAUGGGCUUACAACUCAUGACGCUGAAGGAAAGGAACUUUCUAAAUCAGCUCUCAAGAAAAAUAUGAAGUUAGACGAGGCUCAAGAAAAGAAAUACAAGGAGUUCACGGAGAAGUCAGGAAACUAA